GAUGAACGGGCGGUGGAGGUAAUGCAGUAUGGCGAGCUGGCCUAGAAACAUCUGUUUCUAAUGCUCCCAUUUUCAGCCUAUGCGCUAUUCCAAACCGAAUGGCCGGAAUUUAUAUGCGGGCAAACGAGCGAGCGAAGACGAAUGGCCAACGGCGGACAAAACGGGCAAUUUUGAUAUCGAACGGGUUCGGAGCAUGCUGGACAGGUUUUGAGCAUGCCGGGCAGUAUCGGCAGCGGAUUUCAGCGAUUUCCAACAUGGUUUGGCUGAGAGUUGGGAGCUGAUUCGAAUCCAGCAACCUUAUGUUAAACCAUACCACACCCACCAUUUGUUUGGCAUAUUUCGGAGCAAUACGAACUUGAAAAGCCGAUACCGGAUGUAUCGCUCAAAUCUUCCUCAACACCCGGCGGUGAAGCUACAGGUCACCACUCAAAAACUAUGUGCUACCUAAGAUGACGUUCCCAGAAGUUGUCCAAAGGAACCCAGGCCAAGUCUCCUGGUAUCAGGGAAACCAAAAGCACGAACACACUUUCCGAUACGGACAUAAGCGGUGUAUAGGCUACAGCACCAUCCCGAGCGUGCAAGUUCGAUGAUAGCGGGGGUGCGAGGGGUUGGUUACAAAGAAAUCGGACGCCCGCAUCUGGGCUCCCACCUGCUACGGGCGAGGUGAUGGAUGGGAUGGCAGGCGGCUAGUAAACUAAGCUUAGCCUAACCAUUGAGGGUAGGAGCCCAUAAUCGAAAAAACUAAUCUCUAAUGAGAUACCUAACUCCCGAAACGGAAUACCCUCGUCUAUCCUAGUUAGCCGUAAACACCAUUAUUACAACUCAUCAGUUAUUUCGGGCGCAUCAGUAGCAUCCCCAGCGAGAGGCGAGCCGCUCAUCUAAGCCUGUCGCAACCUGUUAACUUUUAUCAUACAUACCGUUUUUAUUGCCCGUUCAUCCCCCAUGCCGUUAAUUUCGGUGUCUUAUAAUUCACCGAAACCCAAGCGAACCCCCUCCCCAAGAUCCAAACUACCCUCCCGAUACCUUCGAGGGGGGGCCCUUCCUGUUCUCCUUCAGUUAAUCUGGGUUUCUUCCGGAAUUCGGUGGCUUACAUCCGAGUUACCCAACAAACCCUACUUUACAAAUCUUGCAACCCUUGAUGUCCCUCCCGGGGGAGUUAUUUCCAUCAUACGGCUAUGCACUUGGGAACAACAAUCGGAGCCAACGGAAUUAGAGAGCAUCUUCAAUAGUAGGUGGAAAAGUGACGAAAAAUGUGUAAAUUACAACAACCUGCCCGGAACACUAACUCUACCGGUAGUUCCAGAAUAA